AUGUCUAAUCCUUAUGAUUUGUUAGGUAAUGAUAUCGAAGAUCCAAACUUUGUUUUCCCAAUGCCCAAAGAAUUGGUAAAGAAUUCUAACUCUUCGAAGAAGAAGGAUAUUCCACCUCCAUCUUCAAAUCCUACAAGAGCAAAGAAACAUCCCACUCUACCUUCGAAAUUGAACGAAACCUACUUAAAGGAUAGGUCUGCUGGAAGGUCAAGGAAUGUUGAGAGAAAUGUACCAAUGUCAGCUGGGACUAAAAAACAGUUAGAUGAAAGGAAACUAAUGGACCGUCAUUCGAGAACUGGUAAGAUGGAUACUCCAAAGAAGAUUCAUAUGGGAUGGGGAUCUCCUUCUCAUGAAUUUGAUGAUGAAUUGGAUGCCAAAAGAGAUGCCAGAAAAGACGCUAGACAAGAAUCUGAACAUGAAAUGGAGACUGAAGGUGAAAGUUCUGGUGGUGGUCCAAAAAGGAUGUCUUUACAAGAGUAUAUGUUAGAAGAGGAAACAGAGAAAGAUAUAAGUGGCUUGAAAUACCAGUAUCAUACAAACGUAGAAGCAGUUGAGAACGCAGAAGUCAUUAAUAGAGAACAUCAACUGUUAACUGAACCUUCGAAAUCGAAACAUCAUAAGUCCAAGAAUUUAAAGGAAAAAGAAUUCUUGGAUAUUAACUUUACCUUUUCUGACAGUGUUCCAAGGUCCUCAAGACCUGGAAGGAAAAAGGCUCCCAAGAAACCAACAAAUAUUGUACAAAGAAAUACGUCUAUUGAUACCUCUAACCUUCCUUCACUGGUUUAA